UAUAAAACCCUGGCUUUCUCAUCUUCUUUGCUCUGUGUUUGUCUGAAGUGUCGCUGUUUUAAUUUCCCCCUCAUUUGUUGAUCAUCUGCUGUGGACCAUGAGCGGUGAAUGGCCGCUAAUGGAUGAGACUUUACUCAUGUCUUCGUCAGAGGAGGAGAAGCAGGAGGAGCUGUGGGAGCGGGUGGAGGGCGUGCGGCACAAACUGACCCGCAUCCUGAACCCGGCCAAACUCACGCCGUACCUGCGCCAGUGCAAGGUGAUCGACGAGCAGGACGAGGACGAGGUGCUGAACUCCAGCCAGUAUCCUCUGAGGAUCAGCAGAGCCGGUCGUCUGCUGGACAUUCUGCGGGGGCGGGGCGAGCGAGGUCUGCAGGCCUUCAUGGAGUCGUUGGAGUUUUACCAUCCAGAGCAGUUCACUCAGCUGACGGGACAGCAGCCCACACAGCGCUGCUCCAUCAUGCUGGAUGAGGAGGGUCCCGAGGGUCUGACUCAGUUUCUGCUGCUGGAGGUGCGUAAGCUGCGUGAGCAGUUGCGCAGCAGUCGUGUGUGUGAGCGACGUCUGUCACAGCGCUGCCGAGUGGCCGAGGAGGAGCGCAGUCGAGCUGAACGCAGAGCACAGGAGCUCCGACAGGACCGCAUACAGCUGGAGAGGUUGAGGCAGGACUGGGAGUCUGGCAGUCGAGAGCUAGGUUUGCUGAAGGAGAGACACCUGGAGCAGGCUGUAAAAUACUCUCGAGCGUUAGAGGAACAGCGCAGAGCUGCGGCGAGAGAGAGAGAGCUGCUCACUGAGGUGGAGCAGCUCAGGAAGAGGUUGGUGGAGGUGGAGAAACGCACAGACGCUGACUCCACCCCCUCACUGCCGCAUCACACAGGUGCUGAGGGGAUUGACAGCGCCACUGCAGGCGUGGAGGACACACACACACAGAGAAACAGAGCGCAGGACUCAGGAAAUCAGGCUCUGAUGGACAUCCUGAAGCAGGACCGUCGUGAGGCAGCAGAGCAGCGUCAGGAGUUGAGCUGCACCAUCGCCCGCCUGCAGGGGGAGCUGGAGAGCUCAGAGGCGCUGAGGGAGAAGCUGUCGUCUCAGUGUGAGCAGCUGCAUCUACGUCUCAGGACUCUGCAGCUGGACUGGGAGACGGAGCAGAGCAGGAGUGUGUCAUACUUCAACCAGAUCAUGGAGCUGGAGAGAGAGAGAGAUCAGGCUCUGCGCAGUCGGGACAGUCUGCAGCUGGAGUUCACAGACUGUCUGCUGGAUAAGAACCGUCUGAGAAAGCGAAUCGCGGAGCUGCAGAGCAACCUGGAGCAGCUGCAGAGAGAGACGGAGAGAAGCCGAGAGUGGAGAGAGCCGAGCACACCCUGCAUACACUGCUCUCACCUGUCAUUAUUCAGUGAGGAUCAGUGUUUCGGGCCGUGCUGUUCAGUCGAUCUCAGGAGUCCCAGUCCACUCACAGUCAGAGCUCAUCUAAAGUCUCCAGCUCAGAUCUGUGAUCAGUCUGAAGACUCCUGCGGCUCCAACUCAGAGGAGAAUCUGCUCUCGCCGGAGUGUAACGCAGAGAAGGACAUCAACAGAUUGUCCACGUUUCCCUUUCCUCCCUGUGCAAACUCCAUCCACCGCAGAGCAAAAGAUGAAUUUGAUCUGAACUCUUGGGGAAGUGAUGAGAACGAGCCGCAUGCAGAGGACACAGACUCUUAUCUGAUGAGUUCCUGGAGCUCUCUGCCGACUCCGCUCUUUCCUCCAGACGUCAUCAAUGUGACCCCGAUGCUCCCUGUCAAACCCUCGUCCUCCACUCCACGGUCAGUGUCUCUCUCCUCAUCCCCCAAAAGCCUCAGUCUGGCGCAGGACAUCACUAUAGUUGGGGGAAACCGCAGCGGUGUGUUCGUGCAAACGGUGAAGAAGGGCUCCACUGCUGAGGUCUGCGGCCUGAAGGAGGGCACUGAACUGCUGGAGCUGGAUCAGGUGUUGUUCGGUGAGGGUCGUGUGUGUCUCAGUCAGUGUACGGCGGAAGUGGCUCAUUUCUCUCUGCAGUGGUGGACUGAACCAAAUUCCCUCAAACACACACACAAUCCAGACGGUUAUUCUCGUUUAAUGGCUGAACUCUCGUCUCCUUCUUUCGCCGGCGCCGACUCUUUCUAUGUGCGUGUGAACCUUGACCUCAGUUCCCAUGGUGACCCGCCGUGUCUCUGCGUGCUGUGUGAUGACGUGCUGCACGUCACCGACACGCGAUACAACGGGAAAUACCAGUGGCGCUGCGCUCGCGUGGACAAACACACGGGGGCGCCACUGCAGACUGGAGCUGUGCCAAACUAUAACAGGGCUCAGCAGCUGCUGUUGGUGAGGCUGCGCACAAUGGCCAUUGAACAGACUCAGUACAGGAAGAAGUUUUGCAGGAAAAACCCUGAGCGUGUUCGGCUCAUUAAAGCUGUCACGUCAAACUAUCGCUCAAUUGGCUCAUCCAAUCCAGUGCUCUACACACUCAGCAAUCGUCAUGAGGAGCAGCUGAUCCCGUUCAGUCUGGUUCAGAUGGUUGAGGUCUCCAGCAAGCGUCCAGUGGUGUUUUCUCCAUCUCUGCUGUCCCGCGGGAUCAUUGAGCGGCUGCUGCAGCCUGCAGAAUCCAGCCUGGACUUCGACAUCUGCCAUCCAGAGCCACUGGAGGGUGCCGUGCUUCAGGAUAAAAGUGUGUUCCUCUUAGACUCCACAGAUCAGCCACUGGGAAUCAAAAUACAGAGUAUUCAAGAGGUUAUUAAGCAGGACAAACACUGUCUGCUUCAGCUGGGCGUAAAUCAUGUGGAGAAUCUCCUGAAGCAGAGCAUCUAUCCCAUAAUAAUCCACAUCAAACCCAAAGACAAGAAGGGACGCAAGUUCAGGAAGCUGUUGUCAGGCCACAGAGAGGAGGACCUGAUGGAGGCCUGUCAGAUGGAGGAGCUGCAGCUGGAGACUCUUCCUCUGAUGUUCAGUGAGGUGGAGCCCAACACGUGGAGCAGCACAGACGAGCUGCUGGCCAUCGUACGCAGCACCAUCCUGAGCCAGCAGAGGGCAGUGGUGUGGCUGGAGCAGGAGCGACUCUAGUACACACACACACACACACACACACACACACACUGUUCCAAAUACACACUCAUGGUUUCUCUCCACUGUCCACAUGAUCACGGGUAUUCUCAAAUUGGCACUUUUCUACAAGGUUUCGCUGAUUGUCCACACAAAAAACAUAUCAAGUAUCCUAUUGAGAGUAGUAGUGGACCCAGUAGUGCACACUUAUUUAAUGACCUACAUUUGAGGAAACGAGCUGGAGGGAAGUUAGCAAGUGAAGUACAUAAAUUUGGACUGGAAUACAGCCAUAUACACUAGUUCAGAGUUAUAGAACCUGCAUCUGUGCGCACAUGGUGAUAGCAGAAAAACACUGGUAACAACAGGAGGGAAAUAAGUGAAAUUAAUGGUGUACGAGAGGACUUUUUUGUGCCUUUCUUUCUUUCUUUCAUUCUUUCUCUUUAUUUAUAAAGCACUUUCACACAACCUAUCCAAAGCUGUAAAAUGAGGAAAGAACCAAGAGGUAUCAGAGUCAAUAACAAUAGGAAAAAAAAAAGUGUAUCCUGACAGUCUGUAGCACCAUGAAGUACUGGAAUCAAUGGUGGACGUGCACGUGCUAGCGGUUGUUCCUAAAAAUGAGAAUUAUUUGAAUUAAAUUUUAAAACACCAAUUACAUUGUGUUACUACCCCAACUCUAAACCCAACCCUCAGUUAUUAACAUCUACACCUACCCCAACCUCACAGUUAUUAACAUCUACACCUACCCCAAAACUAAACCCAACCUCAGUUAUUAACAUCUACACCUACCCCAACCUCACAGUUAUUAACAUCUACACCUACCCCAAAACUAAACCCAACCUCAGUUAUUAACAUCUACCCCAAAACUAAACCCAGGCCCCAGUUAUUAACAUCUACACCUACCCCAACCCUAAACCCAACCUCACAGAUUAACAUCUACACCUACCCCAAAACUAAACCCAACCUCAGUUAUUAACAUCUACAUCUACCCCAAAACUAAACCCAACCUCAGUUAUUAACAUCUACCCCAAAACUAAACCCAGGCCCCAGUUAUUAACAUCUACACCUACCCCAAAACUAAAACAAACCUCAGUUAUUAACAUCUACACCUACCCCAACCCUAAACCCAACCUCACAGUUAUUAACAUCUACACCUACCCCAACCCUAAACCCAACCUCACAGUUAUUAAAAUCUACACCUACCCCAACCCUAAACCCAACCUCAGUUAUUAACAUCUACACCUACCCCAACCCUAAACCCAACCUCACAGUUAACAGCAUCUACACCUACCCCAACCCUAAACCCAACCUCACAGUUAACAUCUACACCUACCCCAACCCUAAACCCAACCUCAGUUAUUAACAUCUACACCUACCCCAACCCUAAACCCAACCUCACAGUUAACAACAUCUUCACCUACCCCAACCCUAAACCCAACCUCACAGUUAACAUCUACACCUACCCCAACCCUAAACCCAACCUCAGUUAACAUCUACACCAACCCCAACCCUAAACCCAACCUCAGUUAUUAACAUCUACACCAACCCCAACCCUAAACCCAACCACAGUUAAACAUCUACACCUACCCCAACCUCACAGUUCUUAACAUCUACACCUACCCCAACCCUAAACCCAACCUCAAAGUUAUUAACAUCUACACCUACCCCAACCCUAAACCCAACCUCACAGUUAUUAACAUCUACACCUACCCCAACCCUAAACCCAACCUCACAGUUAUUAACAUCAACACCUACCCAAAACUAAACCCAGCCCCCACAGAAAUUAAUGUCUACACCUAUCCCAAACCUAAAAGCAAACAUCUACACCUUCCCCAACCGUCAGUGUCUACUACAUGGACCUGAUCCAGUGUCAUCAUGCUACAGGCUGCAGCAAGGACAUCUAGUUUUGAUAGAUGUUUCACAGAAAGGGUUUGAUCACCUUUCAUACUCAUUGUGACUUUGAUGUCAAAAUCAGAAUGCAAAUAAUUCUUAAAGUCUCGUGCAUAAUGCUUAAACUUCAACUUUAUUUAGAUGUUUUUCAGCAUUCAUACCAGGGCUUCAUGAUAUAUUGCAAAAUCAUUGUAAAUCGCUAUAAUAGUAUAUAAAAUACAUGCAUCACAGACGUGUGUGAUAAAUGAAAUUAGGCAUUGGUUGUUUCUUUAAAUUUGACCAAUCAGAUAAAGGUUUACUAUCUUUAGCCCCACCUCCACAGUCGUUGCUUUUCUGCUAUUGACCCAAAGCUGGACCCCAGAGCUGAAAUUAAAACUAAUGGGCAGAGCUGAGACAAGAGAGAAAAAUGACAAAAGCCAAUUAAAGUCAGAAUAUCUGCUGCAGCUUUCACUCACUCAGUGUUUGCACCUUGACAGUUUUUUGGUCUUAAUUAGAAUGUUAGAUCCAAAAUAAAUGUUUAAUCUGUUUAUUUUUAAUAUAUCAUUAAGUAAAUAAAUGGUUAAUUUCAUGAAAAUCACAAUACUCAACAUGACGUGUAGCAUAUUUCCGCAGUAUCAUGCACCCCUAGUUCAUACCCCAGCGAUUUUCACUGGCGAUGAACAGUGAAUGUGCAAAAUCACUCCCUGACACUAGAUGGCACGCUACACUUCUGACGCAGAAAAAUAAUUCACCUUCACAUCUUUUCUUUGUGCAUUUAUGGUUUCCUCUUCAGUUUAUCCUCCACUGCAUCACAGAAACAUGGACACCUUCAAUUCACCAGAGGGAAAAAGAAAUAUAAAAUUAAAAAAAAAAAAUCUGGAAAUGAUCUUUUUUUUUUGUAAAAUUAACUACUGGAAAUCACUGAGUGGAUUUUCCAAUGUGUUUCUAAUUCACAGUUUGGUCCUUAAAUUUCCUUUCUUUGGUCUAUAUUUAAACCUUUAAAUACUUAAUGUGAAUCCUUUACUAUAAACAUCUUUCAAACGGAUGGUAGGCUUUUCUUGUGAUUGUUUUGAGAUUUUUUUUUUACUUCACUUACACUUGCAUGCCGACUCCUCAGAAACACAUCCACAAAUAUCUAAAAUUUAAGUCAUACAGACAGAGCAUAUGAACUGACACUGCACACGUUGUACUGUAUUUUCUUUGCGAGUUAUAUCUAUGAAAUAAUAUGCAUUUAUUACAAUCUUCAGCCUUGAGAACUGUACAUGUAGCUGCAUUCAUGUGGUCAGUGCAUGUUUAAAUACAGCAGAAAACUGUUUAAUACUGUGAUCCAGCAAUUAUUUUGUGCAAUUAAAUUUCUAACCAGUC